AUGACAGAGUUGCUGUUAGAAGAACCUGUUCAAGGAGAGGAAGCAAUGUCUGACCGUCAAGAGAGCUCUUUAAUAGAGCUAAUGGUUUGUACAAUUCGUCAAGCUGCUGAGGCACAUCCUCCAGUGGGAAGGGAUGUAGUGGACACACAUCCAGGCCUUACGUUCCUGAAAGAUGCUCCAGAAUUCCACUCCCGCUACAUCACCACGGUUAUUCAGAGAAUAUUCUACACAGUCAACAGAUCUUGGACUGGAAAGAUUACUUCAACAGAGAUAAGAAAAAGCAACUUUUUGCAAACUCUAGCCCUUUUGGAAGAAGAGGAAGAUAUAAACCAAAUCACAGAUUACUUCUCCUAUGAACAUUUCUAUGUUAUUUACUGUAAAUUCUGGGAACUAGAUAGUGAUCAUGACCUGUACAUCAGCCAGGCCGAUCUAUCCCGAUACAAUGACCAGGCUUCAUCAAACAGAAUUAUUGAAAGGAUAUUCUCUGGGGCAGUAACAAGAGGAAAAACAGUACAGAAAGAGGGAAGAAUGAGCUAUGCAGAUUUUGUUUGGUUUUUGAUCUCCGAGGAAGACAAACGGAACCCCACCAGCAUUGAGUACUGGUUCCGCUGCAUGGACAUGGAUGGAGAUGGUGUACUUUCCAUGUAUGAGCUUGAAUACUUCUACGAAGAGCAGUGCGAACGGAUGGAAGCCAUGGGCAUUGAGCCCUUGCCAUUCCAUGAUUUGCUGUGCCAGAUGCUUGACUUGGUGAAGCCAGCCAAUGACGGCAGAAUAACUCUGCGAGAUCUGAAGAGGUGCAGAAUGGCUCACAUCUUCUAUGACACUUUCUUUAAUCUGGAGAAAUACUUGGACCAUGAACAGAGAGAUCCCUUUGCAGUCCAGAAGGACAUUGAGAAUGAUGGGCCUGAGCCCUCAGACUGGGACAGGUUUGCUGCUGAGGAGUACGAGACUCUUGUCGCAGAGGAGUCGGCCCAAGCACAGCUCCAGGAAGGCUCCUUUGAAGAUUAUGAAACAGAUGAACCUGCCUCUCCCUCUGAAUUUGGAAACAAAGGCAACAAAAUAGUAACCUCAAGCCUUUCAGAGAAAUGUGGAAAGCUUCAGUCCGUGGAUGAAGAGUAGCUGCCAAUGUCUGCAGGAAGAUGUGUGUUCCAACUAUUUUUCCAUGUAAAGAGAUGCUGUAGUUUGCAUACUGCUUUUUAAAGGUUUUGAUUUCUCCAAGUGUGCAUCUGCACUAGGAACUUUAAAAUGUUUUUAAGCAACAUUCACCGUAGGAGACUACUCCAGUUUGCCUCAACCGACUCUUGCAGAUAUUCCUCGGAAGUGAAUCUAACCAUGCACCAUCAUCACCUUCCAGAGUCUGCAGAUCAGCACUCCAUACCCUUGAAUGUACUAAGGCUCUCUUGGGGAAAGUGCCAAGCACAGUUCUCUGCACAGAAGCAGAAGUUGCCUCAGUGUUGGCCAGCUCCCCUGAGGUCCCUCAGGGCUCUUAUGGAGCCUAGAAGAAACCUUCAUUUGGAGAAAACUUGAGUCAAAAAAUUCUGGAACUUGAAAAAGUAGUAAGGGCCUCCAGAAUUACUUGGCCCUAGUAAUAAAAGCACUGCCAAAACAUCUCAGAGACUUCUUUGAAUUAUAUUUACUGCAGUUCAAAGAUCUUGAACUUACCUAGUUUAAUGUAAUUUCACAAUGACCUGCCAAACUGCUAGUCACUUUACAUCCUCAGGUAUUGUAACCACUGGGCCUUCCAACUUUGUAGGCAAGCUCUGAUAGCCUCCCAAUCCUGACUGUGGAUCUUCUAUAAAAUCUCAAGUAAACUCUUAAAAUGAAGACUAGUACAAAAUUUAACUCCUACUUGACUUAGAAAACAAAAGUCCUUCUAACUUUUGUAUAGUACUAUUGAAUGACAUUAAUUUCCAAAUUAAUUAGCAGGCCUACUUGAAGCCUUAAAGGGAUAAUGAUAUACUAUAUGAAAUAUUCAAACUAGUCAUAUUGCUUUUUUCAUUGACUGUUAGACUAAGCCAAAAGUAAAAGCCUCAAUCCUAAGCAGUAUUCCUUACUUCAUAUUGAAAAGAAACUAGUACUCAAGAUAUUUCAUCCACCUCAGUAUCACAGAAUUGGAAGGAAACAGUGAUGGCACCCAUGAAGGAAAACUUUUUUUUUUUUUUUUAA